AUGCUUUCAUACGAAAACCGACCAGCCAUGGGCCAGCCAACCACAGCAGCUUCGGAUCACCUCCCAAUCAAUACACCAAGUACCACUGGCAUUACCAAUGGCACUAGCACCUCAAAAUCCCAACCAGAAACCAAACACUCACACAUUUGGUUAAUUACUGGACCAGCAGGAUGUGGAAAAAGCACAGUCGCAGCUUACAUAGCUAAAGCCAUGAGUCUCCCCUACAUCGAAGGAGACGAAUUCCACCCAGAAGCAAACGUCAAGAAAAUGUCCGAGGGCAUCCCCCUUACCGACGCAGACCGCUGGGACUGGCUAACGCAACUGCGCGAGGAAGCCGUCAAACGAAUCGCCUCCGGCUCCCAAGGCGUGGUCGUCACUUGCUCAGCUCUGAAGCGCAAAUACAGAGACGUCAUCCGUGUUGCACCGUAUUACUCCCACGACGUCCUCGUCCACUUCAUCUACCUCCACGCUCGCGAAGAAGUGCUAGUUGCCCGAGUCGGUGCGCGCAAGGGCCACUAUAUGCCAGCGAGCAUGGUACAUAGCCAAUUUGGGAUUCUCGAGGCGCCAGGAAAGGACGAGACGGAUGUGAUUAGUGUGGAUGUGAGCGGGACGCUGGAGGAGGUCGAGCAGGAUGCGCUGGCGAAGAUUCGGGACGCUGUGAAGGCGGAAUUGGUCAUGGAUUCGUAG